AUGGCGCCGGGUUCUUGUGUGUACACGGCAGCGCAGGAUCGAGGCAGGCGUUCGUUCUGUCUUUUUGGCUGUUUUCUAGAAGGAAAGGGGAAAAAGGAGCUGGAUUCCAACGCAGCAAAGCUCGAGGGCGUCCCAGAGCUUUCCUGUCCGAGGAGUAAAAGGGACACUGCAGACAGCGAAAAGGUGCAAAUAAACGAGCGACGGGGUCAGGUUAAUGUGGAGAGCGGAAAAAAAGGCGAAGACGAAGACGACGAGGAAGAGAAUUUGAUUAUCGACAGGAAGACAGCAAGCAAGCGAGGCGGGCAGCUGUUGGGGGCGCCGACGGAUUCGCAAGAAGGGGCACUUUGCUGCUGCGAAGAAGUCAGCCUUGCAGGCGCUGGUAGUGGCGGGCAGCGAGCAGAUAUCAAAUGUACAUCUGGCCCCGGGACACAGAAGCAGCAGCAGCAGCAGGCAGGCAGGCGAAGCCCCUGA